GAGGCCGACUUUAUCAAGUGCGGAAGUUCAUAGAAGACGCAGGUGCGGAGGAAAAGAAGGCCGGCUCAGCGAAGCACUAGUUGGUCGGACUUGGUGAAUAAUGGUCGGGAGGGGCAUCCUGCUCAGUGUACGAAUAUAACUGGCGUUCGAUGGGAGCAUGGUUGCCUGGAUCUGGAGCUUCUCCGAAUGAGCGAAUACCUCACCACGCUACCUUCACUUAUGUCGUCGCAGUUACUCGGCGGUGUCGGGCUUAUGUUUGGCAUUGUGGAAGCGGAGCAGUGGGGGAGACAGUCAAUUCUCAUCAUGCCCCAACCAUUAACCAUUAAACUCCAGGGGUAUCAAUUCCCUAUCCCGAACGCCAGAUGGCCAUGCAACACCACAAUAACAGAAAUCUUUCAAGCCGACCGCUCAUCUCCUUAUGCGCCUUUCCCUUUUAGCUUGACGGUGGCCAUAUAUCUGCUGUCCACCCUGUCUCGGGCUUCCUCGGUCGCUAACAAUACUGAAAGGAAAGGUGGCAAAGUAUGGGAGGGGAAGAGAGCAGUGGGUAUGUGGAGAGAACCGACUGGACAACGGAGGAAAACUCACCUGGGCCUCAUCGCAAGGCUCUUGAACUGGCCGUUGGAACCUGGAAUCUGCAUCCGUCAGCAGGCGAACCGAACUGGCCAAACUUGGCGUCGGGGAUAUGGAAUGCCGUCCACUGCUUGACAAGAGCAGCAUGAGGAGACGGCCGUCCGGCCACCUCCCGAUCCAACGAGCUAGUGCAGAGAAGACAGCACCAUCCUGGGAAAACGCACUACAAUGGCACCUGGGUUUGCCCAAGCGAACACUAGCGCGAGCCAUGAACACUCAAGGGAGGGUGACCUAUGCGCUCCAGUCUGGCGAUGAAAUGUCCAGACAGAACGGAGAUCGGGCCCCCAGGAGCGGUAGUCGGCCGAAGAAAAGAGAAAAUGAUUACAUCCCAGGAGGUUUUUCGCUCUUGCGGGAAUCUGACACCAAGGCCGACAACAAGAUGCGGAUGCGGU